CCUCCUUCCGUCCCUCCUACCCCCCGAUUGCGGUACACGACGCCCAGCGAAAGAAAAAUAUAUACAUACAUAUUACCCCCCUCUGCCGUGGCAAAAGUUGAAAUAACCGCUUUUCCUGACUCCACCACUGCUACUGCUACUGCUUCUACUCCCCACCGUGCUACUUUCCUGUCGUAGACCUAGCUCCUCCUCGUCGCUCAGACACUCCUCGUUCUUGGGUCACGCCAGGCGCGAAGGCCAGAUGGAGAAUUAAACGCAACAUUUGAACUUUGAGCAGAAUCAGACGCUAUAGACGAGGAGAAAGUGAAAACGAAGACGCGACGCCCAGAUUCUGAGCCAGAACCCCGCACACCUGAAGCCAAAAGAUCGCUGGGACGAGAGCUCCACGCGCGACAGUGGUACUAGCUAUAGGUGCGCCCGCACCCACCAGACAAGAUGGAACGGACGGCGCGGAUGAGCUUGCGCGAGGAGCCGCCGAUAUUCCCGACUUACCUCGAGGGCGGUGAGCCUAGUGUGCUGGGCGCGAAGACGCUUGCGACCACGGACGCGGACAGCGCCGCAGACGUGGCCGCGGAGGCGGAGGCGGAGGAGGAUGAUGAUUCCUUAGGGGGGGGCGAGUCGUCGGUUGAGGUAGGGGAGAGGAGCGAGAUCACGGUGGUGAUGACCUUCGAUGGGGAUUCGAGCUAUGGGACUGAUGAUGCGGAUAGCGGUCUAUUCUAUGAGACUGUAGGAUCCAGUGCGUUUACGUUCCCCAAGGAAAAUGGGAGGACCUAUCAUGCGUAUCAAGAAGGCAAAUAUCUCAUGCCCAAUGACGAGAAGGAGCAAGAUAGGAUGGACAUGAUCUACCACUCACUGAGUCUGAUGUUCGAGGACAAGCUCUUCUUCGCGCCGGUCAAGAACCCGCAGCGCAUCGCUGACAUGGCGACUGGCACUGGCAUCUGGGCUAUAGAUGUUGGCGACAAAUAUGAGGGCGCCGAAGUCAUUGGAAUCGACCUCUCCCCAAUCCAACCCAACUGGGUCCCCCCCAACGUCCAAUUCCGCGUCGACGACAUCGACAAAGACUGGAUGUUCGAGCACCCCCUCGACCUAAUCCACUCUCGCCUCUCCUCCGGCCUCGCCGUCCGCGACUGGCCCCGCUACCUAACCGAGUGCCACAAAGCCCUCAAGCCCGGCGGCUGGGUCGAGGCGCAGGAAUUCAGCGUCUCCAUGGGCUGCGAGGACGACUCGCUCCCCCCCAACUCCAUGAUCAAGAAAUGGCACGAGGAGGCUAACCGCACCUUCACGGCCGCCGGGUGCGAUCUUCGCUUCGAAGGCGAGACGCUGAGGCAGCAGAUGAUAGAUGCGGGGUUUGUGAAUUGCGUGGUGCAGGAGUAUCGGUGGCCGAUGGGGCCGUGGCAUGAGGAUAAGCGGCUGAGGGAUUCGGGGGCGUUUGCGAUGAUGAGUAUGUUGACGGAUAUGGAGGCGAUUAGUCUGGCGAGUAUGACGAGGUAUGGGGGGUGGAAGAUGGAUGAGCUGAAGGUGUUUUUGGGGGCUGUGAAGAAGGAGUGGAGGAUGAGGUCCAUUAAGGCGUAUUGGCCGCUGUAUGUGGUGUAUGGGCAGAAGCCGGGGGAGAGGCCGAAGGGGGAGUGAGUGGGUGUGGCAUAGGUGGGGGGUAGGGGCACAUGUGGAGGGGGUUAUGAUUGUUAUGGCGUUUGAUACAAUCAAAAUUGAGGCAUGCCAGGUUAGCAAAAUAGGGACUCGAGAAGUCAACUCGUUAAGGCAUAAUUUUCG